AAGAAGAAGCGGAAGAAGACAAUUCAUAUUUGAAUUUCUGGCGCACAUAUGGAGCACAUACUUGCUGUACCGAUUUUAUUUUUCCUGUUGGUAAUCUUUAGUAAAGGUCUAGCAGCUGUGAUCCAAACCCAGCAGACGGUGUCAGCAGCAGUAGGAGAAGAUGCUCCUCUCAGCUGUCAGCUGCUGGAAACUAAAGACGUCCAGCAGGUCACCUGGCAGAAGGUCUUGGAGAGAACAGAGAGGAAUAUUGGUUCCUACAGCGAGUAUUAUGGUGAAACAGUGAAUGAUGGAUUUAGAGAUAAAGUUCAGUUUACAGAAGCUAAACUGCAGAAGAACUCUAUAGUUAUCAGGAACAUCACAGAUCAGGAUGAAGGAUGUUAUCUCUGUCUGUUCAACACUUAUCCUGAUGGAGCUCUGACAGGAAGAACAUGUCUGAUAGUUUAUGAGCUGGAUGGACCCUUCAUUAACAUCAGAAACUAUCCUCCAGGGUCGGUUGUGACCUGUUCAGCCACAGGUCGACCUGUUCCCAUGGUAACACUGACUGUUCUCCAUCAGAACCUCAGCUUCUCCCACUACAACACCAGCAGAGAGACCAACACCAACGGUACCGUCACCGUCACCACCACAGCUCUGCUGUCAGCUCUCAGCAGCUCACAGGUUGGAUGUUCAGUAUCAGUUCACUCUGCUGCUCCCAGAGAGCUGAUGGUCACCGUUCCUGGACUCGCAGAGACGUCUGAUGAAAGGUUGGAUAAACAAUCCCCAUCGUAUUACCACGCCCUCCAAUGGGCUUUGAUUGCUGCAGUAAUGGCAGUCAUGAUUUGUUUAGCUAUCCUGCUCGGAAUAAGAUUUCAGAGAAGCCACAGGAAUAAGAAGCCUUCAGAGGACACCACAGAAAAUCAGAAUUUGGACGACUCACCAGUGUCGAACAAAGACGUCAGACUACGAACAUCUGAGAGGCAGAGACAAAACAGCGAGGAUGAAAAAAGAGUAGAGAAUUAAAACUGUACAUGUGUUAAAUAAACAAAACCCAGAAUAUCAUUGCUGUUCAGGUUAUGUCUCAUAAAUCCCAAAAUAUUUUAACAUAAGGACAAGGUGCAGCGAGCAGUUAAUGUCCAAAAUAUUGAAUACAGACCAGCUCUAACACCUGUAAUCCAUCACCAUGACUACAGAAGCACCUAAUUUGAAUGUUUAAAAGGAGUGUUGGAAUAUUAUAUAUUUUCCAAGCACAUAGUGUGACCAUUUUAAUUGUUACCUUCAGUUAUUACAAAAAUACCAUUCAUGUCAGAAAUAACUUGAAUGAAACUAAUGGUCGCUACAUGAGAUUCUAGUAUUUCUCAAACACACAUGAAUGAGUCAAGGAUUGUUGUUGAUGCCAACAGUAACUCAUCAAUAUCUGAUCAAACUGAUAAGGCAGCUAAACCUCAAGUUAAUUGGACCAAAACCCGUUACGAGAUCAGAUACUCCAACAGUGUUUGCAGUUGCCUGAUUGUUUAGAUGUUAGUGGUUUUUAUUAUUUUUUUAAUUGUGCUUUGUUUGGUUUUUAUAUUUUUUUACUGUGUUUUUAUACCUUUUUUUAACAAAAAAAAGAUCAUUUUACACCUCACAAGAAAAUCUUCAUGGCAAACUAUUGCAGUUUUACUAAUUAGUAGCUGCAAUAAGUUUACAAAAAUAUUUUUGAAAAACUUAAGUAAAAAAAAAAUAGAAUAAAAUCAUCAAGAAGCAUUUAAAUUGGUGCACAUUUUAGAUUUCUGAAUGUAUUUCACACUAAACUUGAAACCAGGAUGUGUUUGUUUUUAUUUUAUCGUGUAAAUAUUGAUGUUAAGGUGUGUUUUCUAUUCUCCUGUAAGAUCAUUAAAAUGACGGUUUGAUUUGGCA